GUCAUACCUCAACUUCAUAGACGUCACCAAGGUGUGCGGUAGGUGUAUAAGAGCAGAAUACUCACCACAGCAGAAGGGUUUUAUCCACUCACAUCUUCUAUAUAAUUAGCGCAACUGUCGCUGUCCAUUGACCAAGAAAAGCAAAGAAAUAACCCGUUUGAGUCCAACCUCUGAUCAUCAUGGCUGCUACCAGGGUAGCUCUUGUCGGAGCUUCUGGCAAUCUUGGGCCGGCGAUUCUAUCCGAGCUACUGACGGGCGGUUUUGAUGUCACGGUCCUCACCCGGCAGGACAGUGGCAGGGAGUUUGAUUCAAGAGUUCAUGUUGCGAAAGUUGACUAUUCGUCUCUCGAGGCCCUUCAGGCGGCGUUAGCUGGCAAGGAGGUGGUGGUAAACACUCUAGGAGUUGGCUCUGUUCCCCGGGAUGUUCAUCUCCGCCUGGUGGAUGCCGCAGUAGCCGCGGGAGUCAAGCGUUACAUUCCCUCCGAGUUUGGAUCUCACACUACCCACCCGGCAACGGCAAGGCUUCCUGUCUUCGCCGACAAGGUUGCGGUGCAGAAACACCUCCGGCAGAAGGCGUCCCAUUCCGCGGAUUUCACAUACACGCUGCUGUUCAACGGCCCCUUCCUCGAUUGGGGACUGAAAGUGGGCUUUCUGUUAAAUCUCGCUGGUCCUGUGGCUACCCUCUACGAUAAUGGUGAGAGGAGAUUUAGUACGACCACCACGAGCGCGGUGGGCCAGGCCGUGGUGGGGAUCAUUAAGAACCUUCCCGCGACGGCCAACAAGGAGGUGUUCGUCCAUCAAGCUGUGGUCUCCCAGAGGGAGUUGCUGGCUCUCUCCGGCAAGCAUCUGGAGACCAAGGCUGUCUCAACAUCCGACCUGGAACAAGAGGCGUCGGCGGAGCUGGCUAAACCCAACCCCAACUUUCAUGCGGCUGCCGUUGGCUUCUUGCGCCGAGCAAUCUUUGGCGAAGGAUUUGGAAGCCACUUCAAUUCAAGUAAUCUUUCCAAUGAGACGUUUGGGGUGCGACCGCUGUCGGAGAAUGAGCUUCGCGAACUGGUCGCUCAGUGUGCGCGUUAAGCUUUGCCUUUAUCCUGCAUUCUCCGGGUGCGUGUCUAUUAGAAUCACGCUGACUAGGCUGCUCGGCUAGGGCGCCGAUGAUUCAUGCCGACAGGCGUCGACUUUUAUGCCAUAACUCUUUUGCAGGUUGGAA